AUGUUAAUUGCCAUCAAUGAAGACGACUUAUUACCGAAUCUGAAACGUACGUCUUUCCAAUUAAUAUUAAAAGAUUUACAAUUUGAGUACGUCAAGAAAAAUCGCAACAGUGCUCUUCUCGAAAGAGAAGAUUUAAUAUCUUGGCGCCGAAAUUAUGUGUUGAAAAUAAGGCAUUACCGAGCACAGAACAGGCCAAUAUAUUACUUAGAUGAGACGUGGGUCAAUGCAGGCGAGACGCAUAGCAGAACGUGGGUAGAUACAUCAGUCGCAUCAACACGAGAUGCACACCUGAGAGGUCUCACCACAGGACAAAAGGCACGCUCCGGCAAAGGUAAGCGUCUCAUUGUAUUACACAUCCGGUCGUCAGAUUGUUUUGUUCCGGGGGGCCUUUUGUGUUUCGAAUCCAAGACCAAUUCUGCGGAUUACCAUGACGAAAUGAAUGGCGAUACGUUUUACGAAUGGUUUGUUAAGACCCUGCCAUUACUUAAACCGAACGCCAUCAUCGUCAUGGAUAAUGCUUCAUACCAUUCCGUAAAAAAACAGAAAAUACCAAAGAGGUCUUGGAAAAAACAGCUAUAA